CUCUGUCUCCCUGAAACUGAUGCCCUUGGAGAACCCAAGGCAGCUUCACAGCUCUCACCUUCCCCGAGUGGUCAGUGGAACAAUAAAUCAGCUGAUCAGUGAGAUGAGUCAGAAAACGGUUAAGGAGGGCCCCAGACUCUCCAAGAACCAGAAGUUUUCGGAGCACUUCAGCAUACAUUGCUGCCCGCCAUUCACCUUCCUCAACUCCAAACGGGAGAUCGUGGAUCGGAAGUACAGCAUCUGUAGAAGUGGCUGCUUCUACCAGAAGAAAGAAGAGGACUGGAUCUGCUGUGCCUGCCAGAAGACCAGCACCAGCCGCCGGGCAACGUCCCCUCAGAGGCCCAAGCAACAGCCAGCGGCACCCCCCGCGGUGGUCAGAGCACCGGCCAAGCCACGGUCCCCUCCGAGGUCCGAGCGUCAACCGCGCCCCCGCCCAGAGGUCCGACCACCACCAGCCAAGCAGCGCCCCCCUCAGAAGUCCAAGCAGCCGCCGCGCAGCAGCCCCCACAGAGGGCCGGGCACCAGCCGUGGGGGGUCCCCCAUCAAAGCUUCUAGGUUCUGGUAACACCAUCUCUUCCCUUUUGUUGCCCCAGCCCUAAGG